UACCCUGCCACGUCAUGAUGAUUGAAAAUAAAAAUAAAAGAAGGAGCAGGGGCAACUGAAAAUGCAGUUUAUAUCAGACAGCUGAGAGACAACAAACAAACAAUCUGUUUAAAGCCCCAAAUUUUGUCUCCGACAAUGGACGGCGGCGAUGAGAAGUUGACGGAACUGAAGAAGGCGUUUGCGGAGGUGAUACUGAAUACAGCUAAGGAGGCUGCUGCCAGAAUUAUGGUGUCUCAACGGAAAGUUCUCCGGUUAGAAAUCGAGCUCAAGCAGGCAAAGGAGAAGGCGCUUCAGAUGUUUAUGAGACUCAAACAGAUGAUGGAUGCUAAGAAUAGAGAAGCAGAGAUGACAUCCCAAGCCCAGCAAGAGAAAAUUGAAGAACUGGAAGCACAACUCCAGGAAGCUGAAGACAUAGUGACGGUUCUCAGAGAAGAGUUAAGUGCAGCGCAUGCUAAAAGAGAGAGGGCUCCACAAAACUCUGAUAAAGAUGUGGGUAAAAAAGGCCAUACUUAUUAUAUAUUUCCUAGUUUGAAGUCACGUGUUAACGACAAAGAUUUACCGGCUAUAAUAUUGAGAGGCAAAGGAAGGAAGCGGAACAGAAGUGAGUGUACUCAUGCUGGUGAAAAUUUACAUAAAGACCCCUCUCUCGUGAAUGAAGAGGAAAAGGACAGAAAAAGACGGAGAAGCUCGGGCCAAGUCGACAGGAUUAGUUGUGUAAGUGUAAGUAAUGCUUUUAGUAGACUUAGAAAGGAACUUGAACGUCCCCCUACACGUCCACCUACACCUAUCAGAGAGGAACUUGUACCUACGGGACGUGAAAUGCCCCUGCACUCAGAAACUCAGUUAACAGGUAGUAGAGUUAUCAAGUACACUUAUCAAAGGAAGAGGGAACAAGGGACUAAUGGAAGUGAUUUGAGCAAAAAGUUGAAGAACAAAAAUGCUGCUUUGGAAACUGGGAAAGUCAUCUUAGAAAAGUCAACUCCAGAAGAGAUUGAGAAAGUCAUCCCAAUAGAAACGUUAACUCAAGAGACUGAGAACGUUAUAUUAACAGCAGAGUCAACUGAAGUGGAGAUUGGGAAAGUGAUCUCUACAGAGGAGUCAACUGAAGAGACUGAGAAAGUCAUCCCAACAGAAGAGUCAUCUAAAGAGGAGAAUGUAGAACAGCUUGGCUGAGCAAAUAUGGUGGCAAUAGGUUUUGGGCAAUGGAAUUGUGGAUUAAGUUGCAAAUUAAGGUUUAGUUUGCAUUAAACGUCAGUAGUUUCUGAAUGCUGGAUGGUUUAAAUUAUAAAAUAUCUGAAUGGUUGGUUUUUUAUAUAAAAUCUUGGACAAUGGUUUUUGAUGGAAA